UCCUUUUAUCCUGUAAAAUUGAGAAUUGAAGCACUGGUUGUGAAGCAAUCAAUAAUGGCGAAUGUAGCAGUUAUGGCUACCACCAACAACAACCAUCCCACCACCACCAGCAGAUGGAAUAUGUCUUCUCUUCGCUCUUCCUUACCUUCAAUUCCUCCUACUUCCGCUUCUUCAUUGCGCUUCACUCGUUCUUCUCCAACAACACUCCGAAUUUCUAGAGUCAAAUCCCAAUCCCUACUUCCCUCUUUCACUGGACUUCGUCCUCUCCCAAUCUUCGCUCCUCCAUCAGAAUUUAGUGGAUUUGAUCACGGUUUCACCGUUAUUGACAACGGCGGUCGAGUCUAUGCUAUGAGACAUGGAAGGAAAGUGCCGAAACUCAACAGGCCCCCUGAUCAGCGUAAGGCACUCAUCCGUGGCCUAACGACACAGCUCCUUAAAUAUGGCCGCAUCAAGACCACCAGGGCAAGAGCAAGUGCAAUUAGGAAGUAUGUUGAUAAAAUGAUCACUCUUGCAAAAGAUGGUUCACUUCAUAAAAGAAGACAAGCCCUUGGCUUCAUCUAUGAGAAGCAGAUUGUUCAUGCUUUAUUUGCGGAGGUUCAAGAACGUUACGGCGAAAGAAAUGGUGGUUAUACAAGAAUUAUAAGAACCCUACCAAGGCGGGGUGAUAAUGCACCCAUGGCAUACAUUGAACUUGUGUAAUUAUUAGUGGCCGCCUUUAUGCGAUGCAAUUAUUAGCAUUCAAGCUGCAAUGUUGAGAUUUGUAAUGCUUCCAACUGUAACAAUUGAUUCUAAAGUUUUUCCCAUGUUUAGUUGUAUUUGUAUUUGUCAGUUUGAUUCUUUUUUGAGUUGUAUGUAUGGACAAACAUCCAUCUUUAAUCUGCAAAAUUUCAUAGAUUCACUUAUCUGUUUUUGUUAUA